GCGGCGGGGUGGGAGGCGGGGGGCGGGGAGGAGCUGGAGGGGGGGUGGUUCGGCGCGGGGGGCCGUUGGCUCCAGACAAAUAAACAUGGAGUCCAUCUUCCACGAGAAACAAGAAGGCUCACUGUGUGCUCAGCAUUGCUUGAAUAAUCUAUUGCAAGGAGAGUAUUUUAGCCCUGUGGAACUAUCUUCAAUUGCACAGCAGCUCGACGAAGAAGAGAGAAUGAGGAUGGCGGAAGGAGGGCUGACGAGUGAGGACUACCGCACAUUUUUACAGCAGCCGUCGGGGAAUAUGGAUGACAGUGGGUUUUUCUCUAUUCAAGUUAUAAGCAAUGCCUUGAAAGUUUGGGGUUUAGAACUAAUCCUGUUCAACAGUCCAGAGUACCAGAGGCUCAGGAUUGAUCCCAUAAAUGAGAAGUCAUUUAUAUGCAAUUAUAAAGAACACUGGUUUACAGUUAGAAAGUUAGGAAAACAGUGGUUCAACUUGAAUUCUCUCUUGACGGGUCCAGAACUAAUAUCAGAUACAUACCUUGCACUUUUCUUGGCUCAGUUACAACAGGAAGGCUAUUCUAUAUUUGUGGUGAAGGGGGAUCUGCCAGACUGUGAAGCCGACCAGCUCCUGCAGAUGAUCAGGGUCCAGCAGAUGCAGCGACCAAAGCUGAUUGGGGAAGAAUUAGCACAGCUGAAGGAACAGAGAAUCCAGAAGACAGAACUGGAGCGAGUCUCAGAAUCCAAUGAUGGGUCAACGGUGGUGGAUGAAGAGGAGGAAGACCUGCAGAAGGCGCUCGCGCUGAGCCGCCAGGAGAUCGACCUGGAAGACGAGGAGGCGGAUCUCCGCAGGGCCAUUCAGCUCAGCAUGCAAGGUAGUUCUAGAAGUAUAUCUCAAGAUACCCCACACUCAUCAGGUACACACCUGACUUCAGAAGAACUCCGGAAGAGAAGAGAAGCCUACUUUGAAAAACAAGGGAAGAGACAGCAGCAGCAGCAGCAACAGCAGCGAGAUCCACCCAGACAACGAACGCGCCCAUGUGAAAGGCCGACCACGAGUCCCGGGGCCCUCAGCAGUGAUCUAGUCGAUUCUAUGAGUGAAGAGGACAUGCUUCAAGCAGCCGUGACCAUGUCUUUAGAAACUGUUCAAAAUAAUCUCAAAACAGAAGGAAAAUAAUAAUACCUUUUAAAAAUCAUUUAGAUAUUCAUACUUUCCAACAUUAUCCUGCGUGACAAAUAGCAUAGGGUCCAUUUUGGCAAUGUGUCAAAGAAAACAAUGUUCAACAGAGGAAUUAAGACUUUGGUUGGUUUGCAAACAAAUUUGACAAAAGUGGAAAAAUACAUCAGUUGUAGGACUCACGAAUGAUCCUCCAGAUAGUAGCCAAAGAGGCAUUCAGCGAUUAAAGACAUUGAAAAUUGUUUUCUAAAUGUUCUUUUUUUUUUUUUUGAGUGUGCAAUAUCUAACAUGUCUAAAGUUAGGACAUUUUUCUGGGAUCUGAUUUUGCAGACCAGUUCACAAUUCUUGCCACAGAGCUACCCAUACGUUACAUUGUAUUUUUUACUUCCUCCCUCCUGUGUAGGUAUUUGGUUCAUUUUCAUCUCCAGUGGUUGCUUUUGUUUCUCUGAAGCCAAAGGAACCUUUUAGGUCAGUGUAAGACUUGCACUCCCAAGCGGUGUGCGCUUGGGUAUUUCCUAGGGGUUUUUUUCUCUUUUUUCCUCUGAUCACGGUUUCUCUGUUGUUUACCGUUCUUUUUUCUACAACUUUUUGACGUUAGUCAUUCUACUUGGGAUUUUACUUUUUUUUUUAAAGCCCUCUGAGAUGGGAUCAAUAUCUCGUGGUUCUGGUCCAUUCCUCAGCUGAAAUCAACUCUGCACACGUGUCUGAGAAUCAGCCAACAUGUUUAACAGGGCAGUAUGUCCUUUUCCAGGUGUUUCAUGAAUGUCUUCUCCCAACACUCACGCUCGGCCUUUCCAGCUGUGUGGGAGCCCCCU